UACUACGUCCUGGGGACGGUGGAUCAGAAGCGCUGUAGCGAGGAUGUCGGGUUUAUCAAAACAGGAGCGUGCUGGUUGUACAAAAAUCAUAAAUAUGUUGACACAAAGCGACUUGCUUUCGCUUUGCGACACGGUCACGAAAAAAAUGAUCGCAGUGGAAAGUUCUACAGAGGCUGUGGAAGCAAUUCUGACUUACUCAACCAGUGCUGAGGAGCUCCUGAGAAGGAAAAAGGUUCAUCGUGAGCUUUUAUUCAGUUACCUGGUCAAGGAGGGGGUUGUGAUGUCAACAAACAGUGAGAAACACCAGUUGGUUAAAAGGACACUGGAGCUGUGGUCAUCUGGGACGGAAUUGCAUCACACAGAUGUGAAGGCUGACCCAGGUUUCGAUCCGCUGGUGCUUGGGCGGCAGUUCUGCCAGUGGUUUUUCCAGCUGCUGAACAGCCAAAAUCCCUCACUUGGCCAGCAGCAUCUGGAUUGGGGGCCACAGCACUUCUGGCCAGAUGCAAAGUUACGCCUCCUGUCAAGUGUAAAUGGAGAACAUACAGAGGAGUUUGCUGGCGCUGAAAUGGUCAACCUCCGCCUCCUGUCUUUAACCAAGGAGGAACGCCUGCUCCUCAGACCCAACCUGGACUCCCAUGGUCUACGGGCCCUGGCAUCACCCCACGGCCUGGUGCUGGUGGCUGUGGCUGGGACCAUCCACAGAGACACAGUCUGUCUGGGCGUCUACGAACAAAUAUUUGGUCUGAUCCGCUCUCCCUUGGACAAUGACAGCUGGAAGAUUAAGUUCAUCAACCUGAAGAUCAGAGGGCAGGAUACUUUAGUCGGAACGGAGACAGCAGCUCCAAUGUUGACUUGCGACUCCAGUGAACUGCAGCUUCUUUGUAGAUGACUGUGUUUGUCACACUGAUACGGACAUUAGUUGGCAUCGUUAGAUUAAGACUUGGAAUGCAUCCCUUUACUCCCUCCUUACAAUAUGUAAUGUGCCUGCACAAAUUUUGUUUGCCAGCUGAGUUCAGGAUUUCAAAUUUUCACGUCAGGAAUCCUAAAUAUGCAUUGAGUGACAUUGUGCAUAUAUAGGUGGACACUGUUUUAUUGAAAUUUGGUUAAAAUACUUUUUGAUGAUAUGUGCCUUAGACCAAAUAUAAUUUUUUGAUACUUUAGUAUAGACUUAUUGUACAUAGGUAUUUAAAAUAGCGAAUACACAGAUGUUUUAUGUUGCAGUGUGUCUGCUUUAUUAAUAUGAAAGAUGGUUUUAUCAUUAAAAUUGCAAAUUAGA